AUGGGCUUUCAGUUCAGGAAGAAGGAGGCCAAGCCAGAGGACAAUGCUGUUGAAAAGGAGCCAUGGCAAGAGCGGGCCACCGUCUACUAUCGACUUCUCCUCAGCCCUGGAGGCAACGUCUGGGAUCUCCUCCUGUUCCUGGGCGGAUUGAUAGGAUCCAUCGCAGCUGGUGUGCCAUUCCCACUUCUUGGAAUCCUCUUCGGACAGCUCAUCGACAACCUGACCUCGGCCAACUGUGCUGAAAACUCCGGCCAAGACACCUCAUCGCUGUCGGACUCGGUACGCACCAAGGUGCUUUACAUCAUCUAUGUGACCAUUGCCAACUGGUGCUUCAUCUACCUCCACACCACAUGCUGGUCCUUGUUUGGGGAACGACUCGUGCGCCGUCUGCGCGAGACGUAUCUGCGAAGUCUUCUGCGCCAGGAACUUGCCUUUUUCGACCAGCUGCCUGCCGGUGAUGUCUCUUCGAGGUUAUCUACCGACCUUGAUGAGAUCCAGAAGGGUACAUCUGAGAAGGUCGGCAUUGUCAUCAGCAGUAUCUCCUACUUCGUGGCAUCGUACAUCGUAGCCUUCAUCAAGCAUGCUGUACUCGCUGGGAUACUGGUGUCACUGGUCCCAGCAUACUUCCUCAUGGCCUACGUUGGUGGCUACUUCACCGAGAAGUAUGCCGGCACGUACUCAGACGAGAUCGCAAGCGCCACAUCCAUUGCCUCGGAAAGCUUGAACAAACUCACCAUCGUUCACGCCUUUGGUGCAGCCGCGCGACUGGAGCGCAGAUUCGCGGACCUCAUGGCCAAGGCCAGCGCCGAGGGCGUCAAGAAGGCUAUCGUGGCAGGUGUACAGCUGGGCCUGCUCUACUUCAUUGCUUACUCCACCAAUGCGCUAGCAUACUGGCAGGGCAGCAAGAGUAUCGCAGACUCUGUCGGCACUGACGCUGCAAGCUCUCAGGUCGGAGCUGUGUACACUGUCAUCUUUCUCUUGAUUGAUGCAUCCUUCAUCCUGAGCCGUAUUGCACCGUUCAUGCAGAUCUUUGGUACUGCUGCUGGUGCUUACACGAAGCUCAACCAAUCUAUCAAGCGACAGUCGAAGAUUGACCCCACGGACCGCACAUCCGGACAACGACUUGCUCAUGUCGCUGGUGCCAUCAACUUCGAGAAUGUGAGCUUCGCUUACCCGAGUCGCCCGGACACCGUGGUGGUCAAGGAACUGUCAAUGAGUAUCCCAGCAUACAAGCACACAGCAAUCGUUGGUCAGUCUGGUAGCGGCAAGUCGACGGUAGCCGCUCUUCUGGCCCGCUUGUACGAUCCAGCUGAAGGCACCGUACGAUUGGACGGCGUUGAUAUCAAGGAGCUGAACGUAGGCCACCUCCGUGGUUGCAUCGGCGCUGUUCAGCAGGACCCUGCGUUGUUAGAUCGUUCUAUUCUGGAAAACAUUGCUCAUGGUCUCAUCAACUCGGACGCCGAGCAAGAUGAAGUGGAUGUGGUCCUCAGCGGCGAGCUAGCAGAGUUUGCCGAGAAAGUUCGUGAUGGUCAGCCCUUCGAUGCCACGCUGGCAACGCAGUCCACCGCAAUGAGGAGUGUGGUGGAGCGUGUGACGAAGGCAGCAGCCAUUGCUGAUGCCACCGGCUUCAUCGAGCGCCUUGACCAUGGUAUCGCAACCUCUGUUGGUGCAGCAGGCAACAAGUUCAGUGGUGGCCAGAAGCAAAGACUCGCACUUGCUCGCGCAGUCAUGCGUGAUCCCAAGAUCCUUCUGCUUGAUGAAGCCACUUCCGCACUGGACUCUCGCAGUGAAAGGCUCAUCCACGGUGCUCUGCGCGAAGCCUCCAAGGGAAGGACAACGAUCAACAUCGCACAUCGCCUGUCGACUGUAAGACAUGCCGACAGCAUCAUUGUCAUGCGAAGUGGCAAGAUCGUCGAACAGGGAACACAUGAAGACCUUAUCGCCGCAGAUGGCACAUAUGCCAGUAUGGUACGCUUGCAGAAUGUGAGACAUCACGACCCUACAGAAGUCCUCGCUGCUGGAAAUGUCUCUGAGGAUGACAUCUCCUCCGCCGAUGGACGUACUAGCGAUGAAACCAUCGACAAGGAGAAGAGCGUACUCGACGAGAAGUCCGUGCCUCUCGACAGCGAGAAGGCUGUUGAGAAGGCGGACGCUGACGCCGACAAGAACAAGCCAAUCAGAGAAGAAGGCAGCAAACGAGGCGUGUGGUCGACCAUCUGCGGCAUAGGAACCCUUACGCGGUCACAAGCUCUGUGGAUGCUCGUUGCAUUUACCUCCUCCGCAAUCGUGGGAGGAUCAUACUCUGGUGAGGCAGUCAUCUUCGGACACACCAUCAGCAGCUUCAGCGCUUGCAAAUCUGCCGCUUCAAUCCUGUCAGCUGGUCACUUCUGGGGUCUUUUGUUCUUCAUCUUGGCCAUCAUCGAAUUCUUCGCCAACUUCUUCAUGGGCACGACAUUCGGCCUGGUUGGCGAGAAUACUCUAGAGAAAAUCCGGGUCUUGUGUUUGCGAACUCUGCUGGGACAGGAUAUCGACUGGCACGAGUCUGGUGGCCGAGACGCUGCUGAUCUGCUCUCGUACCUAACGACCGAUGCCAACGCUCUUGCUGGUCUCACUGGACCCGUGCUCGGAACGCUAUUCUCCGUCAUCAUCAACACCUUCGCCGGCAUCAUCCUGUCGAUGAUUGUUGCUUGGCGUAUCGCCAUCGUCCUGUUGGCUUGUGUUCCGGUUCUUCUCGGCUCAGGAAUCAUGCGUCUGCGAUGCUUCGCCAAGUUCGGCGAGAAGCAUGCGAAGGCCUUCUCCGGCGCGACCGGCUACGCCACUGAAGCUGUCAACUCCAUCCGUGUCAUCUCGAUCUUCUCACUCGAAGACGAAGCCGUCAAUGUAUACCAUCGCGCGUUGAAGAAGCCAUACGAUGAGACGCUCAAGAUGCUGCUGUGGAGCAAUGCCUGGCUUGCCACCGCGUACAGUAUCAGUAACCUCGUAUAUGCGCUGGCCUACUGGUGGGGCUCGAGGAACAUCAUCGAAGGAUGGUACAGCCAGACGCAAUUCUUCAUCGUUCUCCCAGCCAUGCUAUUCAGCGCCCAGACUUGUGGCCAGCUCUUCGCUUUGGCACCAGACUUCUCCAAGUCCAAGGUCUCCGCAGCCAGAAUCUUAGACCUGCUUGAUGUCGGCAAGAGAGCUUUGACAGUAACGCAGAAGGCUAUCGUCAAGGGACCAUACAAGGAUGACGACCAUGAUCCCGCCCACACAAAAGACGUCGAAGCCGCUGCAAGCACAUCCGAAAAGACACGUUCCGGCGGCGCACGAGUGGCCUUCGAGAACGUAGAAUUCUCCUACCCAGCUCGCCCAGACGCCAAAGUCCUCCGCGGUCUCAACAUCGACAUCAGGCCCGGUCAAUUCUGCGCCCUCGUCGGUCCCUCAGGAGCCGGCAAAUCCACCAUCAUCUCCCUCAUCGAACGCUUCUACCGCCCCUCAUCCGGCAGAGUCACCAUUGACGGCCGCAACAUCAGCGACUUCACCGGUCCCGAAUUCCGCAACGACAUCGCUCUCGUACCACAAGAAAGCGUCAUGUUCGAGGGCAGCCUGAAAUUCAACCUUUCCCUGGGCGCACGCCCGGAUGAGGAAGUCACAGAUGCCGAUAUCGAAGCUGCAUGCCGGCUCGCGCAUAUUCAUGACACCAUCAUGGAGCUACCCGAUAAGUACGAGACGCGCUGCGGACCAAACGGUAACCAGUUCUCCGGUGGACAACGGCAGCGGAUCUCGAUUGCUCGUGCUCUGCUGCGGAAGCCGAGACUACUGCUUCUUGAUGAGAGCACUUCGGCACUGGACAGUGAGAGCGAGAAGAUGGUGCAGGAUGCUCUUGAGAAUGUGAGGAAGGGGAUUACGGUGAUUGCGAUUGCGCAUCGAUUGCAUACUAUCGAGAAUGCGGAUUGUAUCUUUGUGAUUGAGGAGGGGGUUUGUACGGCGAAGGGGACGCAUAGGGAGUUGUUGAGGGGUAGCAAGACGUAUAGGACGAAUGCGUUGCAUCAAGUCCUUGGGGAUUAG